CACAGCUCCAGCUCCAUGUCGCGUGUCGGAAGCGCGCACCACGACAGCCACAACGACAUGAUGUGAGUUGGCAACACGGCAGCGGCAGUCUGCCAGACAUUUGACACAGUCUUCCAAUCAUGGCCACCGCCGCCUCUUCUCAUCGUGACUACGAGCGACUCCCGACGCGCUCGAGGCCGUCGCACUCCAACCUACACGCUGCGCCGUCGCCGCGGAGCCCACGAACGCCGCAGCUGGGUCGCAGCAUUUCCUCUCAGUUCGGCAGUCCAGGCGGGUUUCGCUCAGAUCAAGAGGAUGUUGUCAUCUACGAAAUUGGUCCACGCUACUUUUCCGCCGGCUUUGGAGGUGAAAGCAGACCACGAUGCAUUAUACCCUUCGAUCCAGAUUCAGCGCGCAGAGUAGGCGAUCACAGGCAGUAUGACCAAGGUCAUGCGUGCAGAAUGCGCCCAUACCGGCUCCGAGAGGAGUGGGCCGCCAGCUACGAGCUCUACCACAAUGAUUUGCGAGACGUUGAUCUGGGUCUCGUGGAAGACAAGCUGGAUCGCGCAUUGCGUACAGCACACGUAGACUACCUGCAGCUCGAUACGAAGCCCAGAAAGGCUGCGCUCGUCAUGCCUGCACUGCUCCCAUCGCCAUUGCUUGAAGUCGCCUUGAAAGUCGUAUUUGGGCAUUAUACGCAGCCCCCUUCGAUCGCUCUCCUCACGCAACCUGUCAUGUGUUGUGUCAGCGCGGGCUUGAGAAACGGUAUUGUGAUCGACGUAGGCUGGGAGGAGACCGUGGUCACUGCCGUGGGAGAGUACAAGGAAGUGGCACAGCGGCGUAGCGUACGAGCGGGCAAGGCUUUGACACGUGAGAUGGGCAAUAUCAUUGAAGGCUCAGUGCCUAGUGAGGCAGAAGUCAAAGUCACAUUCGAAGAGGCUGAAGACAUCUCGCAGCGAAUGGCCUGGUGUCAACAGCGCAAACCUGGCGAACACAAUGCAUCUGUCGUGCAGCUUCCAGUUCCCGGAAGCACAUCAAACGAGACAUUUUCAAUCCUCUUCGACAAGCUCGCUGAGCCUGCAGAAAGGGUUCUCUUUGCUGUUGGUAGCAAGCCUGAUGAACACGACGACCACGACUUGCCGCUCUCCACACUCGCCUAUCAAGUACUUCUUUCGCUGCCAACGGACUUCCGAGCGGUCUGCGUUAGCCGAAUUAUGGUGACUGGUAUCUAUGGUACCAUUCCGGGAUUAAAGCGGCGCAUGCUCCAAGAGAUUGAGACUCUCAUAGCCACUCGAGGCUGGAAUCCAGUAUCCAAUUACGGGAGUGCGCAGAACCACACAACUCCAGCACUCAGGGAGCGCUCACCCAACACCGUCAAUCUGACACCUCCAGACAGUACUACGCCUACUGUGCCACUUUCUCCGCUGAAGAUGCCAUUGCAAGAAGGCGUGCCGCAUAUGGAUCGAGUGCAUGACGAUAUCAAAGACCCCAUCACGAUCAAGGCAGAGCGUGCGCAGGCUCAAGGGCGAUCGGAAGCUCCAGUAAAGGGUGUAGUCCGGGGAGUUGAAACCUUGGGUGCAUGGGCAGGCGCUAGUCUGUUGGCUGGCAUGAGGGUAAAGAGUGCCCAUGAGGUAGAGAGGGAAGACUUUGUCAAAUUCGGCUUACGAGAUCAAGACGACCGUCUUUGAGAUCCUCUGACGAGAGCAGCGACUUUGUCCUUGGAAUGUGCCGUACGAUAUCUCGUUCGCGGCCAUUCUAUCAUUUGUUGCAUGCAGACCUUCGCUCGGAUUGCCUUGCGAGUGGACAAUCAUCGCUAAACGAGCUAUGCGAGAAAUCUGUCCUCUCUUGGCGCGAUGAUCAUGCAACAGCAGAUCCACGUCGCUGGAAAUCUUGAUGUAUAAGAAGCAUCCACCCCUCAGGUAUAGUAUCGAAGCCUAGUUCCACAUCUUCUCACCGGUCUCCUCAAUUACGCAACAACAGAGCGCGAAGGUUCGCCCGCGACCCAAGUCCCUCAGCUUGGAUCGAAAGCGUUCAAUAAUGCAACCAUGACAGUGUCUCCAUGUAGGACCGCUUCGCCAUGAGACAAAGGGACACGAAAAAGGCAUAAGUCUCACUGCACGCAUGCCAGCUCGGCCACAACGAGCGUUCCUCGGCACAUAGCCAUACUCACGGUGGCGUAUUCAUGCUUGAUCCUAACCCUGCGAUGUGGCGGGCUAGUGGACGCCUCUCACGCCAGCAUUGAGAUUCUCGAGGAACGGAUAGCGUCCGGCGCUUUGCUGCACCGCCCACUCAACCAGUAGCUCUGAACUGGGCCCCUCAUCUCGAUACCAAGGACCGAGGAACAUUAGGGUUGCUGGUGCCGUUCUUCUUUGUGGAUGCAACGUUCGCUGGCCAGGGGCAUCGACGGGGACGAUCUCUUGAGAGCACUCGAAUUCGGAAUGGAACAAGACAUAACGCAUGGAGGCACGUGGUCACCUCUUUGGAAUGGCUG